GAUCAGCUGCGCCCGAAUUCACGCGCCCACAGGCCGUAGCAUUGCUGCCCCGGCCAGGCCGGUGCAUGCGACGCGAGCGCAGCACGGCUGCGCCAAGCAAGGGCAGCCGCACGAUGGCGCCAAGGCCACCAAGACACCGGCCCCUCAAGCAGCGCCGCGCGGCGCGGCACGUUCUGAUAGUCGCACUCGGCACCUGCGCGCUGGCGGCCUGGCUGCUCCGGUCGCCCAGACGCGUCGCGGUCCUCAUGACGGCGACGAAACGAAAAGUUGCGGCGUUUUCGAGUGAAUACGGCGAGCUCAAAGCAGCUUAUGUCUACACGACGUCCAUAGACAACAAGCAGCGCUACUGCGCUGUUAACAGAUGCGAGUUGGUCGUUGGCGCGGACCGGAAGGAGACGUCCAAUCGAUCCGCGAGGUGGACGAAGGUGGCUUGGCUCCGGGAAAUACUACCUCAAUAUGACUGGGUCGUCUGGACCGAUGUAGAUUGUUUUUUUACGCGUACUGACGAUGUCGUUGAUGUGUUUGACGCGGCGUAUGAUGUACACUUCACGUUAGAUAGCGGUUCUGAGGAGCGCGUCAACACCGGCUUCUUCGCGCUGCGGAACACGCAAUGGAGCCGCGACUUCCUGGAACAGGUCUGGACCGACAAUGAUGGAGGCGAAGGGUUGUCCGACCAGCGGUCGUUCAAUACGGUGUUGAAUGGUCUCAGUAAAGAUGAGCACCAAAGACAUGUGAAGCUCUACUCGAAAUCAAUUUUAAAUGCUUUCCCCUCCGGCACGAACUACGUGGCCACCGAGGACUACGAGCCGCCGACCCCGGACGGCGACGAGACUUCAGAAACGAGAGUGAUCCACUACGCGGGGCAAUUCGGAGGUGCCCGUAAUUCAGAUGGAGCGACGCCUCCCACAAUGCUCGUGCAGUUCCUGGAUUUACUGCUCGCGCGGCACGCUCUGUACUUAACGAAGGUGCCUGAUAUGAAACACGAGCGGCUGCGCUCCGUAAGUGAUGCGUCAAAGCUUAUAAGUGAUGCGCGCGCGGCGCUGGCGAAUUGCCUCAAAGCGUUGAAGACCUACGCGCCGGGCGCCUCCAAAACGCCCGUGAACUUCCUCGAGGUCUACGAAUCUACUGGAGAAGUCUGCGACGCCGACGCGGCUUUAGUCAAUGUACGAAGGCCCUUGUCAGAGUUGGUCGUCGCGGGCGAGGGCUACGCUUCAUCAUUAUUGUGUUCCCACGGCGAUGACGUACCUUCGACUUCCAUAUCCCUGAGUGACGCGUUCCCUUCACCGAAGGUCGGUGUUAGAAAGGGCCACAAGCAAGUCCAUGCCAUGGAAGGCGACCUCGUCGUCGUCGCGCACGAGUGCGCUUCUCUAAGAGGACGACAUGUCGUCGACGGCGCGUCGUCCUUAAUACUAGCAGACAGCGGAGAUACUGAUGAGAAGCCAGUGCCCGCGCCGCGGCUCGCCGUCCUCGUCGCCUCGAGUGGAGACGACUUCUGGGCCUCCGUCGCGCCGCGGGCGCUCGCGUGCCUCGAGGCCUGCUCCACGUUUCAGAUGGGAGACGAGACGCGGCGCGCCCCGGCGCCGCCGCUCGUCGUUGUCGGCCACGAGGGGGGCGACUGGGCGCGGAUCGGCGUCGAGCUCUUUCCCGCGAAUAAUGUCGACGCGACGGAGCUCUACACGUGCCACGGCGGCGGAGCCCAGGGCGCGGCGCUGGUCCGCGAGCGGCUCGGGACGCCGGAGUACGCUGCUGAGGGCCCUGUGGUGGUGGUCGAGGCGGCGCUCGCGGACGAGGUGAGGAGACUGCUCCCGGACGCGCGCGUCAAGAUACUCACGGGAGCGGCGCCGUGGGAGGAUAUGGCGGGCGCCCUGGGCGCGGCGCGGGUCCUCGUCGUCGCCUGUGUGGAAAUCAAAAUUUUACGGCGCGUUCGUGCUGAAUCGUCGCGUCCCUCCACGCCACCGACGCGACGCCUGCUCGAAAACGGGGUGAUGCCGGUUCCUCACCGCUCGACAGAGCCAGGACGGCCGCGUCAUCGCCGAGAAAUGACUUAGUGAAGAAUUGUCGGGUGCACCCGUCGCACUGGUUGAUUUCCACACAGGUCGUCGCCUCCGGACGCGCGAAGCGCUGCGACGUCGUGCGGUGCCGCGAGACGACGUCGGCCAUGCUGCGGUGCCGGCCGAGGACCUUGGUGCUCGAGGUCGGCGGCACGAGUGGGGACGAGGCCCUGGCGCGCGAGCUGGCAUUGGGCUACCGGGCCGUGGCCGACGUGCCAGCUGCGGUUGCCGCGAUCCACGAGGCCGGCGUGCUCGCGGUGGAUCGGUUCGACUUUGUUGGCGACGUCUGAGCCUAGCUUUGUCUUAAUUUAUGUGUUACAUU